AUGAUUGGCUGGCGACGGAGCGGCGAUCAGGCGAGCGACGCUGCCCGCGGUAACGCAGGAUCGCAACGGCAAGAGGAGCCUGCGCGUGGAGGGGAGGACGACCGGGCAGACCUCAGCCUAGCUGACGGUGUGGCGGCUGGUGCUGGCGAUCCGUCUUUGGGUGGAAAUUCCCUAUCCAUGCGAGAGUACGUGCGACUGUCGCAAAUGCUGCGCGCUCAGGUGGUCGACGAUGCUGACGCCCCUCCCUCCACCGCCGCACAACGCACUGACGCCCCUUUUACCACCUCCACACCGUUCCAAACUCCUUCUGUCGCACCAACGCCCUUCCACACGCCUGCUGUUGCAGCAACGCCGUUCCACACUCCUGGCGGUUUUAAACCCGCUUCGGGCGGCUCAAACCCCACUUCCAGGGGCUUGAGAUCCACGCCGUUUCAUACCCCUGGCACGGCAACAGCAGCAGCAGCAGCAGCGUCUGCCACGCCGUUCUUUGACGCCGCACGCACCUUCGCCGCUUCCAAAGGCGCUGAUAGGACGGUGCCGUCGGGAAGGGGAUUUGCUGGUAGGGGGUCUGCUGGAAAGGGGUUGACUGGCGGAGAUCCGGGAUCUAGAUUCGCCACGCCGGUGACCAAUGGUUGGGCGUCGCCUGCUGACGUGGAUGGCGGUGCUGCUGACGGGGACGAGGACGAGGAGUUUCACACGCCCGAUGUAAGCGUUGGCGGCAGAGGGAGGUGGAAGGGAAAGGAUGAAGGAGGAAGGCGGAGGGAGAAGGAACGGAGAAGGCAUUGCCUGCAAGUAACGCCUAAGGCUGACAUGAGAGGUGACCCCUUACCACGCCUCCCCUUCGUUCCCACGCUUUCCGCCCCUCCCUCCCCCUUCGCCCCCUCCCCCCCCCCUUCCUCCUCCCCCUCCCCCUUUUCUCCGCCACCCACCCAAGGGCGGGGCGUCGCCAGUGGAUAUCGCCAAAGCGGUGGAGACGGGAGGGCGAGCGGGUGGGGUGAGAUGGUGGUGGUGGGCUCUCGACGGCCCUCGGAUUCUGUUCCGGGGGACGCGUGGGGGCAGCAGGGGCAGCGGCAGGAGGAGGAGGAGGAUGGGGAGGAGGAGGAGCAGAGGGGGGAGGAGGGGGAGGAGGAAGAGGAGGGUGGGUGGGGAAGGGAGAGGGGGGAGGAGAGGGAGGAUGGUAACGGGGAGCUGGUACGAGCUGUGUUCCCAGGCGCUGCUGCUUCUCGCGGCCGCUAUGCUGCUUCAGUGCCUGCUACUCCUAAGUCCGCCAAGCGAGCUCGCGACGAUGACGAGGCAGAUGUUGAUUGGCUGAGGGGAACCGAGUCAGCACGACGCACUCGCCCGCGUGCCUCCCACCAGCCCAACCGCCUCGCCAUAGUCUCCUUCCCUCCCGGCCCCACCUCCUUCCCCGGUCCUGUCACAAGGCGUUCAGAUUCCGUCUUGGGGGUUUUAGCUGCCCCUCCCCUCCCCCCCCCUGCGCUCUUUUCUGCUGGGGCUGGAAGUUUUCUUCCCUCUGCCCGGCUCCGCGGGCAGGCUGCCCGUUCGCACGCGUUUGCCUCUCGCAGCAGCAGCGGCGGGCCGCGCAUGCUGCCCGGGGAGCUGCCCGGGUUUUCUCUGGGUGCACGGAAGGGCGCGUGGGAUAAGGCGUUUGAAGGGGUGGGAGACGGUGGAGGGCUGUUCCCAGAGAGGGAUACGUUUGGGCUGUUCGGGCGAAAGGGGUCAGGGAGAGAGGGGAAUAGACGGUUCGGACAAGACAGGCGCCAGCAGCAACUGGAGCAAGAGCAGCAGGGGCUGCAGGGGCGAGAGGGGCAGCAGCGGGCGGGGCAAAAUGUGCUGUCUGGAAUGAGCCUAGCCCCUGGCAAGUCACUAGAGACAGCUCAGAAGAUUCUCGCCAAGCUAGAGGAUAUCACAGGCGCGGGGGCGCAGGGGGGGAUGGGUGCAGGGCGGGGUGAGGGGCGCGGAGGCAUGGGGGGAAGCGGCGGGGGAGACGGGGUUGGCAGUGGUGCUGGUGGAGAUAGGGGUUUGGGCGGGUUUGGUGGGGUAAGCGGGGAUAGAAUUGGGUUUGGCGGGUUUGGUGGGGCUGAGGGUGGGUUUAGCGACAGGGGCGUGGAUGGCUGGAAGAGAUUGCUGGGCCCAAGAUCUAGGGUUGGCGAUCGGUUCGGGGCAGGUUCGGGUUCAGGUUUGGGUGCAGGUCUGGGUGCAGGUUCGGGCUCGGGGCGGGGGGGCAGGCGGGGGGAGGGGGACGAUAUAGUGGCGCCUCCCCUGACGUUCCUCCCCACGUACAUGAGCAGAAAGGCUGCUGGUGACCUCCCGCCCGCGUACCCUGCUCCAGGUGGUUUCUCAGGUGGUUUCUCAGGUGCCGGUGUGAGUGUUGCAGGUGUGCCUGCUGCUGCUGAUGGUGAAGCUGGUGCUGGUGUGAGUGCUGCAGGUUUUGGUGCUACUGGUGGGUUGGAGUGGGUGGGGCAGAAAGGGAAGGGGAAAGAGGUGGUUGCAGAGGAUCGCAGGGAAAAGGGAGGCAAGGCGGUGUCGUCACAAUCGCACGCCAUGAAGCCACACUCUCCUGCUGCUGCAGUUUCUGCUACUGCUGGUGCUGCUGAUGCUGCUCCUGCUGCUGCUGUUGCUGCAAUUGCCGCUGCCGGCGCUAGUGCUGCUGCCACAGCGUUUCAAGCCCCCUCCUCCCCGCCCUCCCCACUCACUCCCGUCGCUUUCUCAUUUGGAUCCCCCGCUGCCACUGCCGGUAGUAAUGCCACUACUGCCGCUGCUGCUGGCGCUUUUGCUGCUGGUGAGAAGGCACAAGUCCCCAAGGCCCUGUUUGCAACGUCCUCCCCUUUCUCCUCGUCUGUGGUCCCUAGCUUUGGCGGCGGGAAAGGCUCUGUUGGUGCCGCAACAGGCACAGGCACGGGAACAGGGUCGGGAGCAGGCACGGGAACAGGGACGGGGGUAUCAGGUUCGGGGGGGACGAAAGCUGCAAGUGCUGCUCCGGUGUUUGCCUUUGGUGCUUCUGCCACGCCUGCCUCCGCGCCAGCCAAGAGUGGCUUCGCGUUUGGUGCUUCUGCCCCUCCUGCCACUGAACCACCUAAGAGUGGAUUCGCCUUUGGCGCCACUCCUUCUGCUCCAGUUUUCGGAUCGGCCAGUCCUGCUAAUGCAAGUGCUGCUGCUGCUGCCGCUGGUGGUGGUGGUGGUGGUGGCACUGCAGCUUCUUUGUUUGCAGCGUCACCGUUUGCUUUUGGAGGGAGGAGCAGUGCGGGAGGUGCGGAGGGGAAAGGGGUUGCUGCAGAGGCAGGAGCAGGCGGAGGGGAUGGGGAAGACGAUGAGGGAAGUGAACGACUGCAGUCUGACAGGCCAAAGAAGCGAGGUGGUGCUGGUGGUGGUGCCUCUGAAUGGAAAGCUGCUGGUAGCCCUUUUGCUGCUGCUGAUGGUGAUGGUGGUGCGUUCCCUAACCCGUUUGUGAAGCGGCCAUCCACCACACCAGCUGAGACGCUGGACAAGCCGGGAUCUGCAUCCGCUUCCUCCUCCGCUUUUGCUCCGUCGUCCCUCUCCUCUGCUCCAGCUGCAGUAUCAGCACCAUCCCCGUUCUCGUCUUCUCCGAUUAAGUUCGGCUCAUCACCAGGAGCAGCAGCAGGGGCUGCAGCAACAGGAGCAGGAGGAGCAGCAGGGAAAGCAGCAGGAGGCACUGCCACUGCUCCCGUGUUCUCGUUUGGCUCGUCCUCUCCCUCCGCUGCUGCUGCAUCCUCAUCUGCACCGGCCUCUAGCUCAUCCCCAGCCACCUCGCCCCCUUCAUUGUUCUUUGGCACAACAUUAGCGACAGCAUCGGGGGCCUCAAAAGCAGCAGCAGCAGCAGCAUCUUCCUCUCCUAUAUUCUCCUUUGGUGCUGCCCCCUCCUCCGCCUCCUCCCCCUCCCCCUCCCCCUCCUCCCCUUCUCCCUCCUCUCCUGCACCCACACCCUCUUCCACACCGGCCUCAACCACUCAAUUCUCCCCUUCAAACCUCUCCACCGCUUCCGUUCCCCCAACAGCCUCCUCUGCUCCGGUUUUCUCCUUGGCCUCUAAAAGCCCUUACGCUGCUGCUGCCUCAUCCCCUGCUGCUGCGUCAUCCCCUGCGGCCGGCUCAUCUGCUGCUGCUGCUGCCUCGCCCCCUGCUACUGCCGGUUCGUCCCCUGCCGCUGCUCCGCUCUUCUCGUUUGGUGCUGCUGGCCCGUCCACCCCGCAAUUCUCCUUUGGCAAGCCGGCAGGUUCCUCUGCUUCCCCAACUGCAACCCCCGUGUUCUCAUUUGCUGCCGCCUCGCCUGCUGCUGCUGCCGCUGCUGGCUCACCUGCUCCUAGUGCUGAUGGCGCCAGCAAGGGCGUCUUUACAUUUGGAGGGUCAGCAGGUAACGGUGUUCCGACUUUUAAUUUUGGUGCCUCUGCUGCAGCACCAGCAACAGCAGCUGCAGCAACAGCUCCUGGUGCUCCUCUAUUUGGAGGCUACACUCCUCCCCCUGCUGCAGCUGGUAAUACGGCUGAUGCUGAUGGCUCUGGUGAGAAUGGUAAUGGCAGCAACGGUGGUGCAACGGCCCCUGCUUCGCCUUUUGGUGGGUUUGGUGCGGUUGGGAAUGGUGGGGGGUUCGUGGGGACGCCUGGAGGGUUUUCACUGGGUGCAGGGGGGGAUGCAGGGGAGAAGACACCUGCAGAAGAGACUUUAGAAAGAGAGACUUUUAGCGGAUUCAGAAUGGCGAAGAAGGACGAGAAGACGCCGAAGAAGAGCAAGAGCGACGCGGCGGGCGAGGAGGUCGAGAAGACGCCGAAGCGGAAAAAGAGCGACGCGACGGCGACGGAAGCAGCGACGGCGAGCGGUGGCGAGCGAUCGGCGAAGAAGAAAAAGUCCGACGCAACCGCGAGCGACGGCGCGACGCCGAAGAAAUCGAAGAAGAAGGAGAAGGAGGGGGGGAAGGGAGAGAAGGACGAGGCGGCUGCGGCGGCGGCUGCGGCGCUCAAGUGGCGGAACGUGUGCGCCAUCGCGAAGCCGCUGGCGGACCCGACUUUCAACCAGAAAGUGCUGCAGCUCGUCAAGAAAGCGGCGAAGCACAAGGGAUACCUGCGGCGAGGAGUGAAGGAGGUCGCCAAAGCCGUGCGCAAGGGCGAGAAGGGCGUGUGUGUGUUGGGAGGAGACGUGUCGCCCAUUGACGUCAUCUCGCAUCUCCCUGUGGUGUGCGAGGAGGCCAACAUUCCCUACACCUACGUGCCCAGCCGUGCGGACUUGGGUAAUGCUGCCAUCACAAAGCGGCCCACAAGUGUAGUCUUGGUCCUACCGACAGCCUCCAAGGGGAAGGCCGCAGAAGUGGAGGAAGGGUUUCCGGAGGAGUUCAAAGCGGUGCAUGGUGAAUGUCAAGAAAGGCUUAACAAAUGGCUCCAAGAGAAAUGA